AUGGCUGAGCCGGUCUCGGAAACUACCAAGGCCGACGCUCCUGUGCUUCCCGAGCGUACGAGAGAGGACGGCGAAAGAAAGGAGAAGAAAGACAAGAAGAAGGAGAAAAAUGUUCCCAAAGCCUCCAAAGAAAUGGCGCCCAAGACCACCAAACCCACCCAGCAAAAGAAGAAGAUCGAGGGCGCCGAGAUGAUAGGCAUAGACGUGCGCAAAGAAGACGAUCUCGCAGAAUGGUACCAACAAGUCAUCACCAAGGCCGAGAUGAUCGAGUUCAGCAAUGUGUCCGGCUGCUACAUCCUCCUUCCCCCGUCAUACAGCGUAUGGGAAUACAUCCAGACGUGGUUCGACGCAGAGAUCAAGAAGCUGGGCGUGAAGAAUUGCUAUUUUCCUAUCUUCAUCUCGGAAGACGAUCUGCAGAAGGAGAAGGAUCAUUUAGAGGGCUUCGCGGCUGAGGUGGCAUGGGUGACACAUGGAGGGAAGAGCAAAUUGGAGAAGCCUGUCGCGAUCCGUCCGACGUCUGAGACAGCCAUGUACGGAUACUACAGCAAGAAGAUCCGGAGUCAUCGCGACUUGCCCCUGAAACUCAACCAGUGGAACAACGUCGUGCGGUGGGAGUUCAAGCACCCUAUGCCCUUCCUCCGCUCACGCGAAUUCCUAUGGCAGGAAGGACACACCGCACAUCUCACGCGCGAAAGCGCCAGCGAAGAAGUCCUACAAAUUCUUGACCUCUACGCCGCAAUAUACGAAAAUCUCCUCGCCGUCCCUGUCGUAAAGGGCACCAAGACCGAAAACGAGAAAUUCCCCGGCGCAGACUACACCACCACAGUUGAGGGCUUCAUCUCGGCCACUGGCCGCGGUAUCCAAGGCGGAACGAGCCACUGCCUCGGCCAGCAUUUCAGCAAGAUGUUCGGCAUCACCGUACAAGACCCCACCAGCAGCGAACCCCUCAACGUGUGGCAGAACUCGUGGGGUUUCACCACGCGCUCCAUCGGCGUCAUGGUCCUGACGCACAGCGACAACAAGGGCCUUGUCGUUCCUCCCCGUGUCGCCGAGACGCAGGUCGCCAUCGUCCCUGUUGGCGUGACAGCCAAGACGACUACGGAAGACAGAGACAAGCUAUACAAAGAAAUCGAAGCCAUUGCCGAGAUCCUCAAAGACGCCAACGUGCGCGUCGAAGUCGACUUCCGCGAAGGCUACUCCCCGGGCUGGAAGUUCAACGACUGGGAGCUCAAAGGCGUGCCGCUGCGCCUCGAGUUCGGCCCCAAGGACUCCGCGAACCACGUCGUCACCGCUUCGCGCAGAGACCAGGACGGCAAGUCUACAAUCGCGAUCACGGAGCUCAACACCGCGAUUCCGGAGCUACUGGAGACGAUCCAAGCGGACCUCUUCAAGAAAGCAGAUGAGUCAUUCCGCACACACAGAGUACAAAUCACAGACUGGAAAGACUUCGUCCCGACGCUGAACGCGAAGAACCUGUGUCUCAUUCCGCACUGUCUGGGCGGCCCGUGCGAGGACGAGAUCAAGGAGAUGAGCAAGAGGCAGCAGGAUGGCGAUGUCAUGGCUGCAGAGGACGCGAAGGCGCCGUCCAUGGGCGCGAAGAGCUUAUGUAUUCCGUUUGAGCAGCCGAGCGAGAUUGCGGAGGGGACCAAGUGCACGAAUCCGAACUGUAAGGCGGCGGCGCAGAAGUGGGUCAUGUUUGGAAGGAGUUAUUAG